CAGAAUCGUUGGUGAGUAUAUUUCCUAUUGAUUUUUGGCAUAAAAGCUGGGACCUGCCAUAAGCGAGUGUUCCUGUUUAACUGUAGUGAACCUCCAAAGCUGGCGCCCAUUCAGCAAAUAGACAAAGAGCUGUGUGAUCCUGACAGACUGAGAACAAUAGAAAAGCUGGUGGAUGAUCUGUCAGUAGCUCUGUCUCAGCACUUUCCCCGAAUGUGGUCCUAUCUUAGUUGUCCUGUCCUAGACUUAAAAACAGCCCAUCCGAAGCUGGAGAUAUCACAAGAUGGGAGACAAGUGUGCUGGAAGGAGCAACCUGACAUUGAAGCUCCAACCACUCAGCCAUACGACUCCCAAUACAGCGUCUUAGCUAAGAAGAGCUUCACGACCGGCCAACACUACUGGGAAGUCAUUGUACAAGAGAAACCCUAUUGGCUGAUCGGUGUCACCACUGGGUCAGUCAAUGAAGACCAUGGUCCGAGUCCGAGGCCUUCUGGCGUGGGUGUGAAUAAGACUUCCUGGUGCUUAUACCAUGGGGAGGGACAGUACCUGGCAUGCCAUGACACCCAGGAGAAACAGCUGCAAGUUGGGAAGAAAGUCAGAAAGUUGGGCAUUCUGGCAAAUGUCCAAAAGGGGGAGCUGUCCUUCUACAAUGCGGACAACAUGACCCUGCUUCACUCUUUCAAAGUGGAGUGCAAAGAACCUCUCUUCCCCAUGUUUAACCCCUGCAUUGAUAUCAAUGGACUCAACAGGCAGCCACUGACCAUGUUUUGGAUCAAGGACCCCUGGGAUUGGGGUGGUAGUACUGAUUGAAGUGAAGCGUAAAAAUAAUGUUGAAAUCAAUGUGACAUGUACACAAAUUAGUCUUUUUUUUCCCCCCGUGUAUA